CCUAUUUUCGAUUUGCAACGCGAAAGGAUACGGCAAGAUGCGGCGUCUUUCAAGAUUGCAAAGGUCAAUUGACCCCUUAACAGAUCUACCCAAGCGUCCGUCGGCAACUGAAUCGCUGUGCUUUUCUUGUCGGACACGAAAUCAAACUGCCCGUACAGCAUCUCCAUUCACUACCUCGACGUCUCAUCCGGCUCGGCGCAGCGAAACCGGUGAGGUCCCGUUGACGGAAAGACUUCGCCGAAAAAUCUGGGGAACAGAGACACCGCCAGGUCAGGACGACCCUUACAGUCGACUUUCUGAAAAUCAGCAGCUUGCUGCGCAGCGUAGACCUCGCGAGUCCAGCGCAAACCAGAACACCACUGGAUAUGAGCCCGCGACGACAUGGGAUGGUCUCGAGAGCGUUGGUGGAUUUGGGCAUUGGUGGAAGGAGAAUUGGGACCCAGCGCACAAAUUUCAAGGCUUCAUGCCCUCUGAACGGCUAGACUCGCGCGCUGCUUUGGCUUCGGCCCUCUAUCGAGCCGUAGUUGAAAUUUUUACCCUCCAAGGCGCCGGCCGUCCCGUGUCUGACGUAUGUAAUAUCCGCGACGACGGAGUUAUUGGGGAGUACUGGCGUGUCCAGCUUGAUCCGUCAGCAGAUGGACAAACUGUAGCCAUUUCUUAUCCCAAUGAGCAUAUCCGAGACGAUAUUCUCAAAGCGACAAUACCAUCUAAGCCUGUUGAAGAAGUUGUCGAAGCAGAGCAAGAAGCCGAAUCUUCGCAUUCAACCAUUCCAGCUGCGAGUGAACAAACUAGUAUUCUCGAAGAGAGAGUGGCUGCUUGGGGUACUCAAUGGUUCUCAAUUCCCCUCCACGACCGCUCCAUCAAAUUUACCAUCAUUAAGCGCGUUAUGCAGCUUACUGGCGUUCGAAUCCCUGAUCCCACUAUUCAGCACGUCAACACCCUGGGCGCACUCCUCAAUAAUCUCGCAGCAGCCCCAAAGCCAAGAAAAUUAGCUGAUGCUCUCUUUGCUCACGAGGAGAUGGCUAGCCUGCCAAAUGUGAAGCUAUCUGAACACAGGGUCACCCCUAUAGACAAAGAAAGGGAUCUGGGCAGGUGGAAGCUUAUUGAAAGGGAACUACGGGCGAGAGGCCUCCCUGUCACCGGGCAUACUAGCUUGUGAUACAUGAUAGAAUCUUGUACUAUACUGGAGCAGUGUCGGAUCAUCGAAUUCGAUCGCUGUGCGAUUUCAUAGAUACGUCCCUCAUAUUAAGGAAUGCAACCUUUUUAUUUUUGUG